AUGAUCCAGAACUUCAGCCUCGUGGGCCCCCCCGCCCUCGGCUUCGAGGCCUGGGACGACGACCCCGAGUACCUGGCCCGCUGGCCUUCCACAGGUACCUGGGCCCAUGGAGUUCGACCUGACCAAGAUCGACCCUCUCGUCAAGGUAAGACCAGCUGGCAUCGCCAGCCGCCACGGGCCUGGAGUGAGAAUGCUCUUUGGAGCGACUGCGCCUCAGUCUCCUCGGCGACAGCUUCUACAGCAUGUCACGUGGAGGCCGUCGAGCACCACGCGCGCGACGCCGCCUUCGGCUUCCGCGCCUUCGCCUACGAGCUGCAGCACCGCGGGGAGCACGCCUUCUCCGACCUGUUCCGGGGGCCCUCGCCCGCGUGGAACCUGGCCUACGUGGGCGACUCGGACGACCUGCAGUACCUCUUCUCCUUCGAUAAGCUCAACGUCAGCCUGACCAAGGAGGAGGACCUCUUCGUGUCCCGGAUCAUGGUGGAUCUCUGGACCAACUUCGCCGCCACCGGGAACCCGACGCCCGACCUGUCCCUGGGCUUCAAGUGGACGCCGACUGAGGCCUCGAGCCUCUCCUACCUCGGCAUCACCUCCGCCCCGCCAUGAAGCUCUACGACAG